AUGACUGAACCAGGGGACGAGGACGAUCUCUUUGCGGAUCUGUACGACGCGGAUGAAUCAACGAAUCGCACAACGUCAGCAGCAGACGUUCCUAGACAGGACGAUUCAGCUUCCCUGGGCCCAGCUGCGCAGCCUCCGGCCACUUCAAGCUGGGAAGCCGCUCCCGAGCCGCUAGCUGUGCAAGACCCUUACCAGGCAUCUGGCUUUGACCAUGGCUAUCAGAAUGGUUCCGGGAGUGUCGAUGCUGGCUCUGUCCCUCGCAUGGCUGCCCCUGCGGAAAAUGAACCACAGGCAGGGACAGGAAUCAAAGAAGACGGGAAAAUGUUUAUCGGUGGUUUGAACUGGGAGACUACAGAUCAAUCUCUGAGAGACUACUUCUCUCAGUUCGGCGAGGUCCAGGAGUGCACCGUUAUGCGAGACAGCGCUACCGGCCGCUCGCGUGGCUUUGGAUUCCUCACUUUCCGAGACCCAAAAACAGUUAAUACGGUUAUGGUCAAGGAGCACUACCUGGAUGGCAAGAUUAUUGACCCCAAGCGGGCAAUUCCUCGUGACGAACAAGAGAAAACCAGCAAAAUCUUCGUCGGUGGUGUAAGCCAGGAAGCGACAGAGCAGGACUUCAAGCAGUUCUUCACGCAAUUCGGCCGGGUCGUCGAUGCCACUCUCAUGAUCGACAAGGAUACCGGGCGGCCCCGCGGGUUCGGCUUUGUCACAUUCGACAGCGAGGCUGCCGUCGAAGCAGCCCUUUCACAGCCUCUGGACAUACUCGGCAAACCAAUCGAGGUGAAGAAGGCCCAACCGCGUGGCAAUCUUCGCGAUCAAGAGAACCAGCGCGGCCGCGGCCGUGACUUCAACCGCGACAUGAGUCAGGACGGCGGCCAGCAGCAAGGCGCGCAGGGACAAGGUAUGGGCGGCAUGACGCCCCAGAUGAUGGCGCAGUACUGGCAACGUAUGCAGCAGUAUUUCGCAAUGAUGCAGCAGCAGAUGGCCAUGGCCAAUUCCCAGGGCCAAGGAAUGGGCGGCGGUAUGGGCAUGGGAGGCAUGAACCCUGCUAUGAUGCAGCAGAUGCAACAGAUGCAGCAGAUGCAGAUGAAGCCUCAACAGGGCAGUGGCGGCAUGAGUCCCAAUCCGCAGAGCCCCGGUUCCCAGCAAGGCAUGCAGAAUAUGAUGAACUCGGCUAUGAUGCAGCAGAUGCAGCAGAACCAGGGUCAGGGACAGAUGAGCGGCGGCGGCAAUGGUAGUGCUAGCCCCGGCCCCAAUGCUGCGUACAACUCCCAAGCAGCUGCUGCCGGUGGCCCUGGAUACAACGCACAGGAACAGAUCGCCUUCGAACAGCAAAAAUAUGAGCAGCAGCAACAGACUCGCCGCGUCAUGGACAACCGCGCAUUUUCACCCUACCAGCAGGGCGGCCCGACUUCGUGGGAGGGCAUGUACGAUGAAGUGCCUCAGCCCAACAUACCUACGGGGCCUCAGGGUAUGGCCCGUGGUGGCAGUAUGGGACGCGGUGCAACACCGCAGCCGCAAAGCACAGCGCCCGCCAAUGCCCCAACGGGACCCCGAAACGCUGGCAAGCCUGGCGCCAAUUACCGCGGCGGUGGUCGUGGAGGACACCGGGGGUUCCAUCCUUAUUCUCGCGGCUAG